GUGUUGGCGGAAGGGGUGAGUCUGAUUGGCUGGGCGGGGCCGACGGUGUGCGACUAACAUGGCGGAGCGCGGGAGGAAGAGGCCCUGUGGCCCGGGUGAACAUGGCCAGAGGGUGGAGUGGCGAAAAUGGAAGCAACAGAAAAAAGAGGAGAAAAAGAAGUGGAAGGAUCUCAAGAUGGUGAAGAAACUGGAGCGGCAGCGAGUGCAGGAGGAACAGGCAAAGCGACAGCAGGAGGAGGAGGCAGCUGCCCAGAGGGAGGAUCGGGGGCGGCACUACACCCUGAGCGUGGCCCUUCCGGGCUCCAUCCUGGACAACGCCCAGUCGCCCGAGCUUCGCACCUACCUGGCUGGCCAGAUUGCUAGAGCCUGCACCAUCUUCUGCGUGGAUGAGAUUGUGGUGUUUGAUGAAGAGGGCCAAGAUGCCAAGACUGUGGAGGGGGAAUUCAGGGGAGUCGGCAAGAAGGGGCAGGCAUGCGUGCAGCUGGCCCGGAUCCUGCAGUACCUGGAGUGUCCCCAGUACCUAAGAAAAGCAUUCUUCCCCAAGCAUCAGGAUCUACAGUUUGCAGGGCUCCUGAACCCCUUGGACAGCCCUCACCACAUGCGUCAGGAUGAGGAAUCCGAGUUCCGAGAGGGCAUCGUGGUGGACCGGCCCACCCGGCCGGGCCAGGGCUCCUUUGUCAACUGUGGCAUGAAGAAGGAGGUGAAGAUCGACAAGCACUUGGAGCCUGGACUCCGGGUGACGGUGCGGCUGAACCAGCAGCAGCUCCCAGAAAGCAAGACCUACCGUGGAAAAGUCGUGUCGUCACAGGACCCUCGCACCAAAGCUGGUCUCUACUGGGGCUACACGGUCCGCCUGGCCUCCUGCCUCAGUGCUGUGUUUGCUGAGGCCCCCUUCCAGGACGGCUAUGACCUGACCAUUGGGACAUCAGAGCGAGGCUCAGACGUGGCCUCCGUCCAGCUUCCCAACUUCAGGCACGCUCUCGUGGUGUUUGGGGGCCUCCAAGGGCUGGAAGCUGGAGUGGAUGCUGACCCCAACCUGGAGGUGGCUGAGCCCAGUGUCCUCUUCGAUCGGUACGUCAACACCUGCCCCAAGCAGGGCAGCCGCACCAUCCGCACCGAGGUGGACAGCCUCAGUCUACCUGUCCCUGAGAGCCCUGCCAGGGCCAGGUGUCGCACGCUUGCCAGCCACAGCCUCCCAAGCAGGAAUCCCUGCUCCCACCCUUCCGACAGCUACACAGAGGGCCCUCCCUGCCCGUCACCUGCCCCUCCCGCUCCCCGAUCCUGGGAGGCAGCUAUUACGAUCAUCCCCAUUUUACAGAGGAGGAUACCUAGAAGCAGAGAGGAAGCCAUCCUCAUCUCCCUGGCUGCCCUGCAGCCUGGCCUCACCCACGCGGGUGCCCGGCCCAGCUGAAGGUUCUGUCGGGCCCAAGACGGCACAGAAACAGUGGUGAAGCCAGAGGUUCCCACGGGUCACCUGGGACAGACACACCAAAGACUUGUCUCCAAAAAUGAACACCUUUAAUUCGACCCAGUCCCCCCGACCCCACAGUCUGGCUGGGGCUGCCCUUACUUGCUGCCUGCAGUGAUGGCCUUAAGGCUGCCUGUCCGUGCCAGGAUAUUUGGCACAAAGAGCAGCCCUGAGGCCCGCUCAAUGCUCUCGAUGGGCACCAGGAAGCGCUCCAGCGGGACCGCCUCAUCCACAGGCGCGUUGGGCAUCACAUAGGAGCGGAGUUCGAUCUGCCCGUCUGCUGCCUCCAGGAUCAGCACUUUGAAGAAGUGGGUGGGCACUGCCACGUGGUUCUUGCCAAUUACCUGGUACUUCACAUAGGACUUCCCAUCAGCCUCGGUCCUGUGGGCAGACCCAGGCACACAUGGCCUUUUAGGGCUCCUGGGGGACUUGGUCAGACCCAAGGCCACCGCCUCCAGGGAGCCUUCCCUGACCCGACCUCCAGCUUGUGUCAACCUGCAGGACCACCCCUCAGCGUGAGGCUUCUUUGCCCUGCUUGGCUCCCCCAGGAGGCUGGGAGCUCCCUGCAGGGUAGAGAGUCACUCUUCCCCUGUUUUCUUCAUGUCCAACACUGGGUCAGGUAGAGUGGGUGGUGGCAAUAAACGCUGCAGAAAGAAUCAGGCCUUCAUUCACA